AUGGUAAAAGAUCUAAUUUUUGGAUUAGCAAAUGGACAUAAUAUGAUUUUAGCAGGUGACUUCAAUAUGCAACCUAUUGACAGUUAUUAUCGUGCAAUUACUGAACGUGGUUACGCCUAUCGUCAUCUACCAAAAUCAAAUAUAUAUGAAGUUCGUUAUCGACCUGAUGCUAAACAUGUAUUAAGAAGUGCCUAUAUGGAAAAAAAUGGAGCUGAACCGCUUUUUACAACGUUUUCGUCCACUCCAGAUAGUCCUGACUUUUGCACCACUAUGGACUACAUAUUUUUUCAUGGUCGUCUUGUAGUAGAUAAAGUGCUACGAUUGCCAGAUUAUAUAACGAGUGAAUCUUAUCCUGAUGCAACACAUCCUUCUGAUCAUUUGAUGAUCGCAGCCACAUUUCGAUUCACCUGA